ACUACACACCCUCACACACAAGACAUCAAGCGAUCAAUGAAUACGAUUAGUGUGUCUCGCCUCUUCUACUGCAUAGGACUACACCAUUGUCAUAAGUCAUAUCGCGGAGUUUGGCUACUUUCCUUGACAGCGCCUCGUCCCUGCUCUCUUGUAAGAAUUGAUUAUCUUUCAGUCUGUGAUCGUGAUGGAACAGCGCGGUGACUUACCACAGGAGCUGGAGGAUAUUCCUAGACCACCCAAGAAAGCCAAGCGUGAAUAUAACUCGACAGCCAUGGACAUUACAAUCAUGGACUCUUGUUGCUCAAAAGCAUCCCCUGCUCCUAAGGGACAGGGUGUAGAGACAGAUCAAGACGUACCAACUUCACAUGGCACAGAAGCUCAGCAGAGGCCAGCUUCCUCACCUGAAGCUCUACAACAGUUACGGGAGAGUCUUAAACCCAAGUUUGAAAGUGUGGAUACAGAUGGAGGAAUGCCUAUUGUGUUUGAACUACCCAAUGGAGAAAAGCUCACAUACAAUACCGAUAUUAUGUCCUGUUCAACCAAGAUGCUCUAUGAGUAUGUGUUUUAUGCUGGUUUGGUUAAUCAGCGAUUCCGGAUCUUUUCUGGUCCUGCACGACGACCAAUACCUUGCAACCAUAGCAAAAUAUCUGAAAUAAAUUUUUUUGAGUCAUUUACUUUUCGUUGUGGAGUAUGAGGAAGGAGACAUUUUGGAAUUUUUGCAGGAAACAAUUGCAUAAUGAAAAACUACUGACGUGUGAAGCACAUAAGGAACGUGUGUGUCUGACACACGCAUUUCACAAGACGAGUGCACAAAAACCACCCACUAAUGUUUGUUUGGGAAAAGGAUCUAACAUGCUAAGCAUCCAGUUGAGCGAAAACAUGUCAUAGUCACAGCGUAAGGUCUUCCUCACUUGCUAGCAUGCUCACAUCAUCCAAAGCUAAUCACAGAAGGCUGUAGCUUGGUCUUUCUAGACUUCUUGUGACAAUCUCAUACCGAGUCACUCUAGAUCUGCACUGAUACAUGGUUGGCAACCUUACUGGAAUAGUGGGAAAGCUCCGAAAUCAUGUACAACUAUAGCGCUGUCCCGGUCCCGGCGUAGAGAAAACACCAAAAAUAUCUGGGAAUUGAUGCUCACCUCCACCUUACACUUCAUUUAAUGGCUACUUCAGGCAAAACAAUUUGUCUACGUUAGCCUACGGUCUAAACAGGUAUUAUAGCCAAGCAAGAAAUGCACAUUCACAUUUUUAUUAUAGUUAGUUUAGUUAGUUUUCCUGGUUUCCCAAGUGAGAGUUUAGCAAAUGAUAAUAAAUUCACUUGCUUUAAUACUGUACCUUAAGUUUUGGCAGUUUUCAAUUCAGUUUGUAUAGGGCUAGCCAACCUUUGCUAUAUAUCACCUCUACUGUGGCAGAAAAACUCAGACUCUAUGCCUAUAUAGUAACAGUUAUCGUAUUAUAGCCCAAGAGAGGUCCUUAUUCAGAAGUGUUUAGUGUAUAACAAUGUUGUUCAGAGCUGUUUAGCUGUAAUUAUCUUAGAUUUUAGGCAUUAAUAAGAUAUCAACCCCUUACUAUUAGCUACCCUGAAAAUUUAACCC